AUGAAUUUAAUUAAAGUUGGUCCUGCUGGAGGAAAAAGGGGAACUGUUUGGGAUGAAAAGGUUUAUUCACUUCAAUUUUUGUUUGUUGAGAAUGGUAAUUUUGUUUUGUCUGACACACAUGGUCCUGCACACAACAAAAACUUCACUACGGUUGUGCUGGAUCAUCCAUCAGAAUUUCUUACUUCGAUAAGAGGUUUCCACGAUUGUGAAUCACCUGAUACGUUUAUAUAUUUGAGAUCAAUAACGUUUGGCACCAACAAGGGUACCUAUGGACCAUAUGGCAUGAAGACUCGUGUUAAUUACGAACUAAAAGAGUUCAACUUUGAAAUAGGAGAUGAUCGUACUUUUGGUGGAUUCCAUGGCACAAAAUAUGGUACUGGCAUUGAGAGUAUUGGGGUCUAUGUGAAGGCCGUCACAUCCUCCAUGAUCAAACCAGGACAAGAUACUUGA